AUGGACGAGGCCGAUCUUUCAGAAGGCACAACGGAUAAGCAACAGGAGGAUGUGCUUUCUGAUGAGACUCUCCUCCAAAGUAAGAUAUGCAAUGAAGAUGACUUUACCCCAAAGAACGGUGCCCUUGAUGUCUCCAGUCAAAUGAUCUCCACAGGAGCAGGCCCUCAAGAGAAGGCGACACCUAGUGAGGCUUGCAGAAAUACAGCCACGGGUGUGCCCCUGGAUGACGUUACCAAAAAUGGUGUCAGCAAAAUACGUGAUCAAGAGAAACAGCAGGCUGCAACUCUUCACACUCUAGCUAACAAAGGAGACACCCCAAGGUCAAACAUUUCCGAUAUCUUACUCCAUCACCUUUCCAAAGAGCAGUUCUUAAGAGGUCAAGGCAUUGACUGUGAAACUCUCCCGGAAAUCUCAAAUGCUGACAGUUUUGAAGAAGCAGCUAUUAUUAAAAAUAUUAUCUCAUGUUAUGUGAAGAAUUCUUGGUCGAAGGAACAAACCUCAGAGCUCACUGACCAAUUCAACCCCAAAAGGGAUGGUGAAGACAGCAGUAAACCCAGCUGCUCUCCAAUUACGACAGAAGAACAUUCCUCUGAUUUAGAAGAGUCAAAUUUUCAGACUAAAAUCAAGGGUCCAAGUGACAAACGAAAGUGUUGUCAAGGUCAGGCACCCCGGAAACAGCAGACUGAAAAAGCAAGUUCAGGCCAUGGGCUCAAAUACGGCCAAGGUCAAGUUCAUUACCAGCUUCCUGAUUUGUCUAAGGUUAUUACCAAAGUGAAAAUUCCUAAAAAUAACAUAAUGAAUAAACCACUCCCAUCAGCUCAACAAGCCAGUUUUUCUCCUAAACUGAGAGAUAAAUCAGCUAUUGUCCAAGAUAUUUUAGACAUCACGCCUAGGUCAAAUUGUGUUGAAAAACAACAUCAAGAGCAGAAAAGGAAUAUUACUGAAACUUCACAACAAAUACAGACGGAGCCUACAGCACAUAUCCACCAAGAACUUCUCACAGGACUAGAAUCUGAAACAAGGCUCUUUAUGCUGUCAUCAGCCUCUCAGAAAGACCCUUCCUCAACUCCUUCCAUAUUUCAAAAGAUAUCCCAAGGGCAACAAAUGUGCCAGAAGUUAAAAGAACAGGCUGAUCGACUGAAGACUAAAGUACAAGAAUUUUCCAAAAGUUUAAAACAAGAUUCUCCCUGCCAUUUGCAAGACAAGAGGCUGAUGCUGGAGAAACUGCAGGGACGUCUCAAACUGCUGGAGCAGACAUUCCUGGCCACGAAGGACCAGCAUCUGACUUUGCAGCAACAAGACCAUAGGCACGAAUCUGCAGUUGUGGGAGACUUUGAUCCAGAAAGAGAAGUGGAAGGUGAGAUCUUCCAGGUGGAGAUGCUUCUGGAAGACGUUAAGGAGAAAAUUGAUGGAAGCAAAUACACCUCGGCUCUCCCUCUUCCUGCGAGUUCUCUGGUUACCCUGGAAGACUUGGCAUCUGUAUCCUCUUCAUUCUCAAAUGAGAUUCCCAAGGAACACCCUGGCCACCCUCCUGGGUUGUGGACCGUGCAUGGGAGUGAGGCCACAGGGACGCCCCGGGGAAGGCCGCAGGAGACCCCCUCCGAUGAGGAGCUCCGCCAGCUGGCCUCACAGAGUUACCUAAAUGGCAGUAGCAGGACGGUGGUUGCCCAGGACCAGCCUGAUCAAGCAGCCCCGAGGCUGUCUUCUGAUUCCAGGGAGGACCCCAAGGCCACCCCAGCAAGUCAGGACUGUGCGGACACGACGGCGCCCGGUCCCAGCUGUGCCUCCUGUCGCCGGCUCCUGGCAUGGAAGCAACAGAUGGAGAAAAAAGGUCACAGAAGGCUCGGCUGUGGGAAAUUUUCAAUGAUCAUUCACAAAAAGGCACCGCACUCAGCAUCGGCUCUCAGUUCUGGCAUAAAUUGCAGCUUCCAUUCUGAUUCUGGCACGGGUCUGCAAAGUCAUCAGGGCGAAGUCUGUGACUCUCAGAGUCCCGACUCCAGAAGAGUCUGUGGCCACAAACUGCCUGAAGAAGAAUUUCAUUACAGAUACAACAGCCCGGGACAGAAUUACUUAAAUCAUAGCGAAAGAGGUGCCCUUGUCCAGCCCCGUUCUUUAGAGGAAAGAAAAAAUGCUUCACCUCCUUAUUCAAAACCAAAACAGAUCUGUUCCCAGACAGUGAAUUCCAAGUCCUUCCAAGGUCAACGUGAGCCCACACCAGGCAAAAAAAACCCUUGGGCUCUCAUGACCUGCAGCUCAGACCUUGCAGCGGCCUCACUCCACUCCCACUCCUGCCGGAGUUCUGGAAGCAAAUCCUUCUGUGACUUGGAGAGCACUGAGGAAACUACAAUCGAGAUUUUACACUCAGCUCUGGACCAUGCCCUGAGGACAGCAACUGUGUUGAAAGAAACCACCAAUCAAAUGAUUAAAACGAUCUCAGAAGACCUUGCUAAAGCUCGGAGGUGGAGGGAUCAACUGAAAUACUAG